AUACAGUUAUCCUUCAAGAAGGUUGGUUAAAUAAUUAAAAACAAAAAUUUAUAUUAGAUUAAUUUUAUCAUUUAAUAGUGGAAUCUCCAGAAAAAUAAAUAAAAAUACUCGAACUCCUACGUCCUAACAAGAAAAUAUAUCUGCGAAUUUAGUAGCCUAGCUGUGUACGUUGAUGGAGAAAGCUGUAAUGGGGGAUAACUUCUCGCGCCCAACCGUCCUAAAGACCAUGGUGAUUGAGCCACCGUAUCCCUGGGCGACAGACCAGAGAGCAAGGGUCCAUUCUUUGACACAAUUGAAAGGGAUUAGAGUCGUCUCUGGCAAAGCUAAAUGCUCGGAUCACGGCCACUUCACGGUGUCCUAUAAUGUUAAAGAAAAGUUUCGCGAAAUAACGGAGUUCAUUCGAAACGGGAAAGAAGGAUGGAACGGAUGGGCCCCGCAGCCAUGGACAAUUCCAAAGCCUCCGGUGUGUAACCGUAAGCAUUGCCGCGGUUACUGCACGGUGAUAAUAUCGGAGAAGAAGAGGGCAAUAGAUUGGCUUUUCUUGGUUUUGGGACAGCACGUUGGGUUAUGUAGUCCGGCACAACUUCGAUAUUUUUGCAAACAUAAUCACCUCCCUUAUAAUGGCAGCAGAUUGGAAGGACUGUAUAAGGUAUAUUUGACGUUAUGUAAACAGCUUCAUCCUCAAGAAACACUAUUUGACAUUGAUCCAAUUUUUCUUGCUUCACCCUCCUCGUCUUCUGAAAGCAAAACAUGACCGGUAAUAAACCCUAGAAAAAUGGGGAACUUUGAGUUUCUAAAUUCUAACACUACGUACUACUGUAGAUUGGAUUGGGUAGAAAGUUUUUUGUCUCUUUCUUGAAUUUAUUUUUGUCACAUCCAAAUAGUUUUGGAAUUCAUUUCUGAUUUCUUUUUCAUGAUGCUCAUGUAUAAAUUGGAUUGUUACAGUUUAGGAGUUUUGGUCCUAUUUACGACAAUUCAUACUUUUCUCAGAAUAGUUUUUUACGUUUAAUUUUUAGGUCACCUGCUUAAAUUGUAUUUUUGUUUCUUUUUUGUAGUCAGUCAAAUAGUUUUUUGACAAGGGUUUUUUGUAUGGCAAUUAAUUGAUUGAAAUCGACUAAUAGGGUAUGCCUGCAUGAGUGUAUUGAAAUCGAAGGUAGGA